AGGCAAUUGUCAACUCUGCAGGAAUAGAAAUGGCUGACAGCGAACAGAAAGCUCGACGAAAGCUUGAGGAAGCCGAGAAGAAAUGUCGUGGAGGUGGUGGAUUUCUGGGUAAAUUAUUUGGAGGAAGUGGAGCUGACGAUGCCGCUGAUCUUUUUAUCCAGAGCAACAUCGUUUCUUCUGCUGGACCGGAAGCUAGAUCUGUAGCGGUCGGUACUUCGAACACAGAAGUGGACAACAACUCGAGCGAGAGUGACUCCCAUUCAAUAGAAUGCGAUCUUUGCUCCAGAGACUUUCCGAAUCUUGUCGAGUUUGAAUCUCACUAUAAGGAGGCGCACUCGCAUCAGUGCACUGCAUGUGCAAGGAUGUUCAUCAGCAAAAAAGCUUUGGAUAUUCACAGCGAUGAAACUCAUUGCCCUUUUCAUAGCUUAUCCGUUGAGAGGGAUCCCAGUGGAUAUCAUUUUAAAUGCUAUGAACAAAACUGUGACGAGGCCUUUACGAGUGCCAUCGAACGAGAUCAACAUUGUCACAAACUUCAUAAUAUUAGCAAUGUUGAAGUGACUAUUGAAAAGCGAAAACUCGCUAGAAGAGUGAAUGACUUGCAGUUUUCGUUCAAAACAAUGAAAGUUUCCAAAAAGAAGAAAGUCCCCCAUUCGAUCAGGUUUGGGAAUCAAGUGAAAUCAUUCGCGGGUUUUCAAAGCACAGUCGCUAUCAGGAGCAGGAAAUUUGAUGCUGAUAUAUCGCAAAAAUAAAG